GGUGCACAAGCAUUUCUUUUUCCUUUUAAUCAUAACAAGAAAAGUGAAAUACUAACUAUGUCUGGAGCGUUGGGGCGCGGCUCUUAUCGUUCUGUUGUAGCUGGAACUCGUCUAAAUAAUCUACCAACGUAUUAUCCAUGUGCGCUAGAGCUUAUCGAGCUACACAAGACUCAUCAGGAAGUCUUACGCUUAUUUUAUGUGAGAGAUCGAGUUUUCGAUAAUAAGUUUCCUGGUUGUUCACUGGCGAAUGGACUUUAUAAACUUGUUCCUAACAAACGCGAAAGCUUUCAUUCAAAAGAAAUAAUGGAGUCAAUUCGACGACGGACAAUUUGGAUGCAGAGAAUACGUCAGCAACGCGCGUUGAAUACUACUAUUUUGGAUCGUGCAUCCAAGGCACCUCCUUCUACUCAAGUGAAGGCACGUUUUUCAUACAAGACGGUUGACUCGGACGUGUACUUCAACCCUCUUAACUAUACAGAGGCCAACAGCUGGCCAAACUACUGGCAGCAUCCGACGGUGUCGCACGUUAUACCUCAACCCAAGUGGGCGCGCAUCCCAGAGUUGGGUGGUAUCACCCGCGUGCAGGAUUCCAUUUUAGCUCCUUCGAUGGAUUACUGACGUUGUAUUUAAAGAGCUCGCCAGGUAUUAUGGUCGUACUGAAAGGGCUAAAAA